GCCGCUCGGUCAUUGUAUUGUCUAUUAUAUCGGGUCUCGAUUUAAUCGGUACUCGAUUUCGUUUCUUACGGAUCUUGUUGUUAAUAAAGUGGUUACGAUUGAACGAAGAUUGCCGCGGGGAGUGCAGGAGUAUUGCUCCUGGGGAGGGAUGCUCAACAAUAUUUCUGCUGGAACUUCCAUUCAUGGCAUCACCGGAGCGAAAGAUCUUCAUGCGCAAGAGCUGAAACACGAAAAAUUGGACGGUGUCCUGGGGACAAAUCUGGGGGGAGGUCUGUCUGCUGGUGGAGGGCUUACGCUUCAUCAAGAAUUAAUAAUGGGCAUGCCUGGAGGAGGAGGCGCAGGAGGUAUUGGCCAGAAUGACGACAAACCAACAAAGCAGAAACGACACCGGACGCGAUUUACUCCAGCCCAAUUAAAUGAACUAGAAAGAUGUUUUGGUAAAACUCAUUACCCAGACAUUUUUUUAAGAGAAGAAAUUGCUAUGCGAAUCGGGCUGACUGAAAGUAGAGUUCAGGUGUGGUUUCAAAAUCGUCGAGCGAAAUGGAAGAAACGUAAGAAGACAACAAAUGUGUUCAGAACACCAGGAGCUUUACUACCAUCUCAUGGGCUUCCGCCCUUUGGAGCAAUGGGUUCGGAUCUUUGUGGAGCUGCUGGGAUGUUUCACACUCCGACAGAUCGGUGGGCAAUGGGUCCAGGAUUAGGACAAUUGAGUCAAAGUAGCAUGGGAAUGGCUAGUUUUGGCCAAAGUUUAGGCCAAUUAAGUCAACAGACUUCUGGGAGUCUUGGUUCAAGUUUAGGACUUGGUAAUUCUACCCUACCAAUCAGUAGCCCGUCGCAAACAGUUUACCAAGCGACCUAUGGACUUAAUUCUCUUGGUGGAGUUCACGUGACAGCGUCCCGCGGUUCACCACCGGGUGCUUCGUCUGUGGGCACGGGCGGUGGCCAGGGUAGCGGUGGUGGUCUUGGGAGUGGAAUGAAUUGUGGACAGGGUUCGCCUGGAGCUGCAUCCGGUAGUGGUGGUGGUGUUUCCUGUGUUGGAAGUGCGGAUGGGAGUGCCGGUGAGACUACCGAUUGGAGAGGCGCACACAGCAUCGCGGCGCUCAGGCGUCGUGCUUCCGACGCCUCCCAGCAAUACAGCCCGCAGCCUCCACCACCCUCUGGUCCACCACAAUACUCAUCUCACGAUCUCGAAUACAGUUCAGUGUAUUAAUGAUAUAUAUUAUUUCUGCAAGACUUGCAGACAACCGAAGAAAGACCACUUUAAAUUUAUUCUCAAGCUAACUAUGUGCUACGGAGAGAAAAAAUAAAUAAAUAAUAAAUAGACUCAAUUUACUUGCAAUUUACAACUGAAUAUUUCAUUUAAAUGCACUCAAAUUCUUCGUCUCUUGUUAUUAAAUUUAUUUUAUCCAUUUUUAAAUUCAAUUUAUUACAAUAACUCUUGACGCAAUGGGAUACGCAAUUCGAAUACUAUAUAUUACCAAUGAAAAAUUUUUUAUUUCAAUUAUAGUUUAAUAAUUUCAAAUAUGUACUUAUCAUUUAUUUCUGCGAAAUUUUAUGUUUUAUAUCAAAAUUGAUGGUUAUAAAAUUUUUAACACCAAUAAAAAUAGAGAAAAAAAAAUAAAAUUUAAUCGCGAAAUACUAAAGCAAUUUUAUUUUCACUGUUGUAUACGAAAAAGUUAUAUUAGUGCUAUACAUAUUUGUAUUAAGAGAAAUCAUGUAAAUAAAUAGUCAAACGUCAAUGCGACAAUAUCGCAUUUAUUAUAUUGAUAGAUAUUAUAUAUUAUUUUUUAAAUUAGCUAUUUUUAAAUAUUAUUUUCAUUACUAUUUCAAAUAAAUUGUAUUUUAAUCGUUUAAUUUAUUUACUAUUAUUUUUUUUUUUUCAUUUCUUUAUUCGUCUUGAAAGUAAUGUUGUAAAUCGAGAGUAAUUAUCACAGAGAAAUAGAGAUUACGACUAUUAUCGAGUACUAUAACGGAUAUAAAGGAUAGCGGCUUUAUAGUUAAAAAAAAAAUAAAUAAGAAAAAAAAACCAAAAUUAUAAUGUUAACUGAGAGUUAGAAUCCUUCGUUCCCUGUUACAUUCUUAAUCAAACUACAUAUAUUCUAGUAUCACAAGCACGUAUUAUAACUUUAAGGAUAGAAUGUUCAGUUGUUGUUUGAUAUAAACAAAUAAAUUUUGUAAAUAAAAAUAUACAUUUACUUAUAAACAUAAUAUUAAUAUUAAUUAUUAAGCAACAUUAAUAACAAAUUAUUAAGUAAUAUAAAUAAAAAUAAAAAAUAAUAAAUAAAAAAAAAAACGCGAGUAUACUUCGACAUUGUGAUAUUAAAGGCGGGCUGAUAUUUUUUUUUUAAUCAGCCAAUAUUACGUUGCGGUAUUACAAUUUAUAAGAGUUAACAAAGUGAACAAAGAAAAAACAAGUAAUACAAGACGAAUAAAUUGAGCGAUUGAUAUUAAUAAUCGAUACCGUCAUUGAAGAUUGAUUAUUCUAGUUACGAAUUUACUGAUAUAUUUACAUAAAAAUAAUCAAUUAUUAUUAUUAUUAUUAUUAUUAUUAUUAUGGUUGUUAUUUUUUUUUUAAUUAUUAUUAUUAAUUUAAGUGGUUGUCGAUGUAUCAUUACGAAUGUAUACGAUUUUUAAUGUACAAAAUGAAUGGUAGAAAGGUGAAAUGUUUUUUAAUUUACCAAAUUAAUAAUCAUAUUAUUUGUUAUAUUUAGUAAAAUGUAUAAUUUAUGUACUUAUCAAUCACCAUCAGGGUAUUUCAAAAUUAAUAAUUAAAAAAU